AUACCAUCCCACGACACACUCCUCACAACGCUCUCCCGCCGCUCCUCGCCGCCCCCUCCCAUGGUGGCAGCCAUCAGAGUCUACAAAAAAACUUCACCAAAUGGUAAGGUCACUGCAUACCUCACGCGGCGGGACUUCGUGAACCACAUCAGCCACACCUCCCCCGUGGACGGUGUGGUGGUGGUCGACAAUGACUACCUCCGGGGCAGGCGGGUGUUCGCCCGCGUGGUGGUCACCUACCGCUACGGCCGGGAGGAGGAUGAGGUGAUGGGCCUGCACUUCAGCAAAGAAUACGAGCUUGUCAACACCCAGAUUGUUCCCAGUAAUGGUCAGGAACAUCUCACCGAUCUUCAAGAACGACUCAUUAAGACGUUGGGUGGCAAUGCCUAUGCUUUCAGCGUCUCUCUGCCCAAGGACGCCCCUUCCUCCGUCACCAUUGACAGCGGGGACGAUACGGAAGCACAACCUCUAGGCGUAAGUUAUGAACUGCUACUCAGUCUAUCCGACCAAAGAGAAGACAGAUACAGGAGACGCAGCUCCGUCGCCUUUACUGUGCGCAAGAUCGUGGCUGGUCCAGGAAUGCACAACUCCCGGCAGCCAGAGACUACAGUUAGCAGGGGCUUCACGCUGUCUCCUGGUAGACUGACGCUAAAUAUUUGUCUCAGCCACGAGGUGUAUUCCCAUGGGCAGCCGGUGGAGGCUACCGUGACGGUCAGCAACGAAUCCAAGAAGACAGUGAAGAACAUUAAAGUUCAGAUUAUCCAGCACGUGGAGGUCACCAUGACUAACACCCAAUUCAGCCGUGUGGUGUCCUCUCUCGAGUGUCGUGAAGGUUGUCCCAUCACCCCUGGGGCCAACCUCACCAAGACAUACUAUCUCACCCCUCUAGCAUCUUUUAACAAGAGCCUUGGAAUCGCCCUCGAAGGCCAGGUCAAGGAUCAGGAAGCCAGCCUGGCAUCCUCUACUGUGGUGGCGGCUGGAAAAAAUCCCAACGACGCCUUGGGCAUCAUCGUGUCCUACUCUUUCCACAUGAAAUUAGCUUGCGGUGCCAUCGGCGGAGAGUUGAACGCAGAUCUUCCUUUUAAAUUGAUACACCCUGAACCUUCAGAGUACACUGCAACAGGACGCAGAUCUUCCCUUUAAACUGAUCCACCCUGAACUUUUACACUACACUACACUAGAACGCAGAUCUUCCCUUUC